AUGAUUGACCUCCUAUUCUUCGUUGUUGCUGCAGCCCUUGCUGCAUUUGGUCUUUACGUUCGCCGCCGUAGGCAACCGCCACUACCGCCUGGCCCCACGCCGCGCUGGUGGUCAGGUAAUCUUCAUCAGCUCCCGUCAAGUCAUCCCUGGAAAACGUAUGCUGAAUGGGGACAUCUCUAUGGCCCCGUUACAUCGUUCCGGGUGCACACAACAACGACAGUUGUCCUGAACACUCUCAAGGCGGCCUCGGAUCUGUUUGACUCUCGUUCUUCUAUCUAUUCCGACCGUCCAGUACAGUGGAUGUACACCGAACUCGCAGGCAGACGCCUGACAGCCUUCAGCAUUCUGGCUUCCCAUCCUUGGUUCAAGAGAUACAGGAAGACGAUGCACAGCGGAUUGAACCCGCGCCCUACGCGGGCUUACCGGCCGAUCAUGCAGGAGCACUCCAGGAAGAUGUUGUUGAACUUCGCUGUGUCUCCUGAGCAAUUCGUGAGCCAUAUUCGGAAGAAUGCAGCCUCCUUGAUUCUUCAGAUCUCAUAUGGACGCACUUCUGAAGAUCAAAUUGACUACUUCGUCAAGGUCGUCGAAGACGCAGUCGCAACGCAGGCGCAUCUUGUGAGGCCUGGACAGUGGUUGGUGAACACGUACCCCAUCUUGCGCUUCAUCCCGUCAUGGUUCCCGUUCGCCGAGUUCAAACGUGUGGCGGCCUACUACAAGGAGCAAUAUAAGCGGGUAGACUCGCUGCUGUAUACGUGGGCGAAGGAUCAGAUAAAAACGGGUGAUUAUGUCGAGUCCUUCGUUUCCCUGAACCUGCGACCGGAUGGCAUAUCGCAGGAAGAAGACGACAUCCUCCGGUGGUGCAGUUCUGCCUUGUAUGCAGGGGCUUCUGACACGACUGUGGGCAUCUUGAUCUCAUUUGUUCUCUUGAUGACGCUGCAUCCGGAGGUGCAACGGCGUGCUCAAGAGGAGGUCGACCGCGUCUGUGAGGGUAGACUUCCCACCUGGGAUGACGAGCCGAAUAUGCCUUACGUCGGCGCAAUGAUCAAGGAGGUGAUGCGGUGGAAUCCAGUAGCACCCUUGGGCCUACCGCAUGUCGUGACUCAGGACGAUAUGUACGAGGGAUACCUCAUACCGAAGGGCGUAACGGUUCUGGCAAACAUCUGGGCUAUCGCACAUGAUGAGACAAUGUACCCUUCUCCAUUCGCGUUUGAUCCCAACCGGUUCCUUGGCCCUGAGCCGCAAUUCGAUCCGCGUAAGUUCGUAUUUGGGUUCGGACGGCGAGUCUGUCCAGGCCAGCACUUCGCCGAGACGUCCCUCUUUCUGAAUGUAUCGAGCCUCCUCGCGGUGUUCAACAUCGCGAAGGCGGUCGACGAGAAAGGGAGAGAGAUCGAGCCAGACGUGCGGUGGACGUCUCGUCUCACAUCCCAUGCGGAGAAUUUUGCGUGUAAUAUCACCGUGCGCUCACCAGAGCUCUUGGAGUCGUUGGCACGUACUGACUAG